CGUCACACAGGAACCAGUGGAAGAGAGCUUGACAAAUCAAGAUGGCGUCCCACGCUGGAGCAGGAAAGAGAUGUCAUAAAUAAAACUCAUUCGGAGAAGAGUUUAAUUUCGUGCCACCUCGACUAGACGUCGUUUGGAUUUUGAGAGGACAAGACGGAGCAGAUUCAGAGUCUCUAAAUGGCUGCGAGGAAGUCUGGAUCAGAUGCAUACAACAAUGGACCCAUUAGCUACCUUGAUGACGUCCCCUUCAAGGUCAAUGAAAAAUUCCGUUGCCCAGCCAAAGUGGGGCUGCCUGUCGGUUUCUGUCUGCCAGACUGCAGCUCUUUGCUCGUGGACACACAGUAUGACUUUUCUCUGGAGAGACGUAGUGUGCGCUGGGGGGUUGAACUGGCUGAGGCCAGAGCAGCAGAGGCCAGAGCAGAGGAGGCCGCAGCCAAGCAGGAGGCAGAGAGCAGGGAGUGUUUGGCAAAGGCCCAGGACAUUGAUGGUGGUGGAGGAAAGAGAGCCCGGUCUGCUGCAGAGGACCAGGACCUUCUACCACCGGCAUUGAACCCCGUCCUGGCGGGGCUGAGCCAUAACGCCAUCCUCACUCCACUGCCUGCCCCGAGCCUUGGCCCCAGGAAAACCCAGCCUAGCAUUCCCCAGCUGCACAGCCUCAACCUAGCUGACUUUGAGCGGGAAGAGGACCCCUUUGACAAGCUGGAGCUCAAAACCUUGGACGAUAAGGAAGAGCUCAGGAACAUCCUCCAGAGCCAGCCCCAACCUCAACCUACUCCUUCUGUAUCCCCACCAGAGGUCUCCCAGAGUGGGUCAGCAUCACGUGGAAACAGCCCGUCACCUCCCAGCACCAACACCAGCCUCACAGCUAAACCUGGCUUUACCCAUAAACCCAAUGGGUUGGUUGCCUUGCUGGACAUGGACAGAGUUGCUCACCCUGGAAGAACAGGGUUUGACACAGAUGAUCGACCCUGUAAUAUCCGAUCUCUCACUUUUCCUAAGCUCUCUGAUUCUGGUGACCCAGAACCAGUGAGGUACAGCCCAAUCCCUGCUCCCCGACAAAGCCUACCCAAUGGCAGCCCACCAACCAUACAGAAGACGCAAGUUAUUGUUGCCCCUGAGCCACCCAGCCACACCAAGAGUGGUGCACCAAAACUGGCCAAUCCAGGAUCAGGAUCUGCUGGUCUGCCGUGUGGCGGAGCCCUGCUCAGCAUGACCCCCAGUGAACGUCAGUGUGUGGAAACCCUUGUGGGCAUGGGCUACUCUUAUGAGGGUGUCCUACGUGCCAUGCAGAGACAAGGGCAGAACGUGGAGCAGGUACUGGACUAUCUGUUUGUCCAUGGACGUCUGUGUGAGCGGGGCUUUGAUGCAAGUGCAGUGGAGGAAUGUUUAGAGAUGUACCAGUGCUCAGAGGAAAAGGCCUUGCAGUUCCUUGAACUAAUGUCAAGAUUUGGCGAAAUGGGAUUUGAGCGGGAUGCCAUCAAAGAAGUGCUGCUGGUCCACAACAAUGAUCAGGACAAGGCUUUAGAGGACCUGAUGGCUCGGGCUGCAGCUAGCUGAGCCAAGCUAACCAGCCAACCAAAGCCCUGCCCAGGGCUUACCUCCCGCUACUACCCAACACAGCCCCUUUCUUUCUGCCUACCCUGUCACACCAUGCCCUGCCCUUGCCUUGGCUGUGGAAGGGACAGCUGGGAGACCGUUGUAUUUCUCUCUGUGCUAAAACGUAUUGUGUCUCAGCACUUCUUAAAGACUGUGUGCCUAGAGUGGAGGGGGUCAAAGUGUAACCAUACUUCAUGGUGGUGUUCUUUUCCAACAAAUUCUGGGGUUUGGUUCCAGGAUUUGAUACUGGUAGGGUAUUUAAGAAUGGGAAGAAUGCCUGAGUUGGAAAGAAGAAGCUUGAAGAACUGGGCUGUGGCGUUUUGGUGCCGUACUGAUUUGCUUCCACUUGGAAGUGUUUAUCUGACUGCAGGCAAAGCAGCAGGACCAAAUGGGGAGCCCUGAGUGCAUCAGAGAAAGACUAAUUUGAACUCUUGAAACUCACAAACAACCAAGCUGCCAUCUUCCACUGCUCAGUGCAGACCUAGUAAAUGGUGGAGGGGAUUGGGGGCCUUGAGGAGGCUCUCUUAAAAAAAAAAAAAAAAAAAAAAAAAAGAACAAACUAAUAUUAAAAGUCAAAAAAGAGAAGGCCCAGUCGCCAGACAGAUUACUGACUCUCAAGAAGUGCCCUCUCUGCUCUGGUGCCCUGCGCCUAGUUCUGUUCUUCUUUAUUCUUUCAUUCGUCUGUUUUUCUGUUCAUUUUUGGCACUUUUUCAGUUUGAAGAUUCCAUUUAUUUGCUUUCUGGUUUGGGAACUGCAUAAUAGCUCCUUAGUCAUUAUAACUCACAACAUAAGAUACUACUGCCCCAGUAUGCUCUUUGACCUGCACUGGAAUGGCCUGUUAAAGGAGUGGGGAAAGUUUCUGUGCAGGAAAUGAUAAGAAAUCCCAAAACCCACUGGCACUGAUGUGUCACAUACUGCACAGAUGCAUUUAAUUUAGUACACUGACACUUUCAUUUAAAGAUAAAGAGUUUGAUAUGAUAAUGUAAGAUAUGUUAACUCUCUUUUAACUGUCAUAGACUUUGCAGACUGGAAAAGAGUGAGUGGUUAAAAAAAAAAUGUAAGUGAGGGUUGUUUUCUGCAGCCACAUCACAGUGCAAUAGAGACAUUUCAUAUUGUGUGACUGUUGACUGGCACUUUGAGCCUCAAGUAAUUGUUGGGAGAUAACGAACGGUCUUCAAGCCUUGCUGGAAAUUUGGAUGUAAAGGUUUGAUUUCUAUCAUUUAUUCUCUGUUACUGCAUUUCAUACCAAUCUAAUCAAACAUGACUUUUGUUUGUUGA